GUCAACCUCCACCACCACCACCACCACCACCACCACCUUCACCACCUCCUUUUUUUCUCUUCAUUGCCGAUCGACGGGGGAUCCCCGCGCGUUCUCCCCGUGUCUCGGCAUUCCUCUCUUUGCGCCUCUCCCUCCGUUUGGCGCACGAUUUCGACGGUGUACAAAUUUUCGUUUCUUCCACGCGUAAGUGAAAGAUUCGAACGUACACGCGAGAGUGUAUCAAACAAAUAAACACUAACGAAAUAUAAUGCGAGUGUAAAAAUUGGCAUCGAAAAUAUUCAUUUGGUGUGUGUCAGUGGAAGUGUUUAUUCUCUUUAUUUGGUUUUUUUUUUUUCCAAUCGAAGAACGAAGAGAAUUAGUGGCGAAAACUUUUUCGAUAAAAACCUCCGAGCUUGCAAGUUUUUUGUGAUAAAUAACAAUAAAUACACAAUUAUAUAUAGAACGAAAGUCUACCGGGUCUUUUGAUACAUAGACGAAGAAAGAGCGAGAUAGAGCGGUUGCCAGCUGCGCCGAGACACACGAGAGAUCACCACGACUGGCAAGCAGCGGGAGGAGCACCAGUAGCGGGAACAGCAGCGCUAGACUCGCCAAGCAUGUCCGUGAGGAUGGAGAACGUAGCGGCUUCGAGGAAGCUCCAAUACAAAAUGAUGGGUACGAACGGACCACGUCCAACGUACGCGGGUGCGAACAACGGUAAUGCUGGAAGUGGGGGAGCAGGAGGCGGUGGCGGCGGUGGCGGGGGUGGUGUCGGAGUGGGUGUAGGACCGAGCGCUGGAGGGCACGGAUUGAAAGGUGGCGCUGGUGGUGGACCGAGAGGAGGUAACCCGGUGCAAUAUAGGGCCAGCGGUGCCGGCGGUACAGCAUGGGGUGCGGCACCGUCUCACGCGGCAGCGGCAGCCGCAGCAGCCGGUUAUCCACCGUAUACGAGGUAUCCAAGUGCUGCUGCCGCAGCCGCAGCCGCAGCCGCACAGAUUCCAGUCGGAGCUCAGCAACUUCCGCCCACGACGAAUCCUUACGCGGCUACUGCCUACGCUCAGCAUGCCUCGUAUGGUGGACAAAGGGUACCAACAGCAUCAUCGCCGGCGAAUACGCACAGUAGCUCGAGCAGCGCGACCGGAAGUCAGAGCGGUACGAUGAGCACGAGUCUGAGCAACAACGCUAUGCAGGGACAACAGCCUGAACAAUUGUCAAAAACAAACCUCUACAUACGAGGCCUUGAUCAAAAAACAACCGACAAGGAUCUCGUGAACAUGUGUUCUCAAUACGGAACCAUAACAUCGACCAAGGCGAUUCUCGACAAAAAUACAAAUAAAUGUAAAGGUUAUGGCUUUGUAGACUUUGAGUCACCGGUGGCGGCUGAGGGUGCUGUGAAAGCACUGGUCGCCAAGGGCAUCCAAGCACAGAUGGCGAAAGUGGGUAUCUGGUUGCAUCGUAGACUGGCCAGUGUACGUUGGUUGUGCAUGCAACAACAGGAGCAGGAUCCGACCAACUUAUACAUCGCAAACUUGCCUGUAAACUUCAAGGAAAACGACGUCGAGGGUCUUCUCGCUCAGCACGGCCAGGUGGUCUCGACGCGAAUACUCCGUGAUACAAUGGGACAGAGUAAAGGUGUUGGAUUUGCCAGAAUGGAAUCUAAAGAGAAGUGCGAACAAAUUAUCCAGAUGUUCAACGGCAAAGCGUUGCAGGGAGCUAAGGACGCUUUACUAGUGAAAUUUGCCGACGGUGGAAACAAGAAAAAGUCACUUUACAAGAGUACAAUAUGGAGAGAAACCGGCGAUAACAUGACAUUGAAUUAUGAUCCAAGUGGCGCAGGCCAAAACGGCGUACCGACCGCUCAUAUGCUACCCACUGCGACGAUCGCUCAGUAUAGUCGUCAUUAUGGUCAAGCAGUUCCGGGCUACAGCGUACCAGGAGCACCCUGGGUCACCCCGUAUCUCGUGCAGACUGGGCCGCCGCACAUGCAACAGGUUGACAUGAUGCCAACGGCUGAUCCAAGCAAUGCACAGUACAGUAUGAUUCCUCAAAUCACCACUCAAAUGUCUACUCUACAUCUUGGCACUGGUUCCUACAUUGCGGCGAGCCCUCAUCCGUAUCCUUACACGACGUAUCCAGCGCCAGGAAUAAUUCACACUCUGCCACUCGGAGAUUCGGAGCAAACGAGUAACGCAGCAUCGCCGGACGACACCUAUCAACAGUACCAGGCACAGCAGCCCAAGUAGGCCACAGUUCUAUAGGUACGACUAUGCCGAAGGUUACAUAAGUUAGAGAAGGCGUGCCCGUCGUAACGAAGGAAUAUUUGUCCAUCGACGAAAUAGAGCAGUGGAGUCAGCGAGAGAAGGAAAAAGAGUGAAAGGCGAGAAAAAGUGAAAAGAUUAUAGAAUAUAAAAAAAAAAAAGAAAAAAUUGUAAAACAAAAGAAAUGAUGGAAAGUGCGAAUCAACGAGCUAACAAUUGAAUGCGUGUGCGUGUGUGUGCGUGUCCGUGUGCAUGUGUGCGUGUGUGUGUUUCCGUUAGAGAGAAAGAGAGAGAGAGAGAGAGAGAAAGAGAGAGAGAGAGAGAGCGACUAGAAAUAAAACAACAGAAGUUUUUAAGAGGAUGGAUCAGUCGGUACAUCGCAACCAUGAGUACGAGAGAGAUAGCUGCAAAUUUCGAAAUCGAAAUUCUCUGGCACGCUUUGACCGAUUAAAAAAAAGGCUCUGUCAGUCGAUUUUUGCCAUCGUUCUGCGUAAGCUGACAGAGCCUUUUUUAAUCGGUCAAACUGUGUCAGAGAAUUUCAAUUUCGAAAAUUCCAAGUGAGGUUAGUCGACUGAUCUAUACUCUUAAUUCUUCCUCGCCGGUUUAUAAGACAUGUGAAAACCAGAAAAAUAUGAAGAGAAAAUCAAUAAUGGAUCAACGAGAUGAAGAGGUGGAACGCGUGAAUGGGGGGGGUUAUGAAAUACAAAAAGAAGGACAAACAUUAAAAGAAAGGAGAAGAAAAUCAGGAAAGAAACGAGGAAUAACGUGAAAUUAUUGACUUGCCAGCCAUCUUUUAUACAUUUUAUCCUUCAAGAGAAGAUAGGGUGAAAUUAGUUGAAUAUUUUACAACGAGUAGAGAACGACCUUCAACGUAAAUUACGAGAGUUUUUUUAGGGAGAAAAAGAGAGGAGAAGAAAAACGGGCUCGCGAGAGAGUACGAGGACAUCAUGGACGUCCGCAAAUUCGUAGAGAGACGUAAAACAAAAUUGAAUAAAUGGAAGUACGAUCAAUGUCAAAUAAGGCUUGAAAUUUUUGUUCAAAGAUACUGGGGGCUGAGAAACUGAGAGGGAAGAUUUUGACGACAUUCGUAAGGCCCGGCCUCGCGGGAACUAAUGACGAUAUGCUUCCAAGAUAAAUUUAGGUAUUACACUUACUAAGACGAUGCGACUAAGAGACGGAAGCGUUAAAUCGGAACGCUUGAAAGUGUGAAUAAAUAUUUUACCAGAAAGAGCAGAUUAAAAGUGAAAAAAAAUUAUGAAACUUAUUAUGAAAGUGUGAAGAAGAAGAAGAAAAAGAAGAAGAAGAAAAAGAAGAAAAGAAGAAGAAGAAGAAGAAGAAAAGCGAUGUUUUUUUGUGUAAAUCAAAAACGAACGCGAGUAAACAAUACAACUCAAUUACACUUUUCUGCAGAAAACUGCAUUCUCCUCGAAGAGGCACUGAUUCUUUAGGUGAGAUAAAAAAUAUAUUCGCUUCAACGCUUGGGUCCGCGAAGAUGGAUUUUUUUUUCAUGCACUACCCGUACACGUAUAUUUUGUUUUAAGCUCCAACGAAAAUUAUUACACGUAUAUGGGCGCUCCCACGACUCGGACGAAAGUCGUGAAUACACCGACAUUCGGUGACCGCUACGCUUCCCUCUCUCAUCUUCCUCCGUGUCUCUCUUGCUUGCCUCUUCCACAUUCACAUUUUGAUCUUUCGUCCUUUUUCUCUCAUAAUGACAACCACACACCAUCCCCUCUGUUCUGUACAUAAUGCAUUAUCAAACAAGAGCGAGAAUCUUCUAUCCCUAUGGCUGAUCAAUACGAACAAUUGGCUCUUUUUUUGUUUUUUCAUUUUGCUAAUUCUCGUACGUUAUCAUCGCCUGGGGAAUCGAGUUGCUUCGCAAGUUAAAGAAUACAUUGAAAUCGUCUUCGUUUGGCUCCUCGAAAACAUCAUUCUUGUUGAAGGACAAUAGAGUUUAACGUCAAGAAAUAGUUACAACGAGAUGGAUAAAUAUAAAUGUUUCUUUAUAGCCGAAACGAAAUGGCAAAAAAGGAGAAAGAAAGUCUUGAAUUUUAGCUCACGUCGUUAUCGAUGAUUUUCUCUAUUUCAGACAUUCCUAAAAUUAGGAACUGAUACGCAAUGUUAUUUUGUAUUUAUUUAUUUUUUUUCAUCCAAAUAUAACUGACAAUGCGAUGAUCGUGAACUUUUUGCGAACAUUAACGUAGAGAAAAUAAACAAAAAAAUUAUUGACCGGAUAAUGAGCGAGAGAGAGAGAGAGAGAGAAUGAGUGAGGAAGGAAAGAGUAAAAACGAGUGAAGAAGAUAGAACAUAGGGUCGCAGAAAAAACUGUAUUUUAUGAUACAAAAAUAGAAAAAAAACAACCCGGAAUAAAAGAUUUUAUUCCGCAUGAGGGUUAACUUUCCACGAGUUACAUAUUGGACGAAAUGCAAAUCGAAUAAUACUUGGUGCGGGAAAUGCAACUGAAAAAAAAAAAUGAAUAAAAUAAGAAAAUAAAAAAGGGAAAAGGCACAUUGGUUAACCAGAAGAACAGGCUAGAGUACAGAGAGAGGAUAAUAAGACAUAAUGCCAAGUUUCACGAGAAAAAAAAAACAAGUGGAGAAGAAGAAAAUGUAGUGUACUCUCUAGAACAUUAAUUAUAUAUUUAUGAGUAGAGUUAUCACUACAAAUGCAAAUCGAAGUAUCAGUUUAAAUUGUACAGUGAAUACAAAUAUUUUCUUUAGAAUUGUGCCUUUUCCGACAGCUCCGCCUGACAUCGAAAUGUGCUGGGAGAUGAGGGAGAAAAGAAGAAGGAGAGGAGGAAAAUAUUUCGAUGUCGGCGUGUGAGUUGUGUGUAACUUGAGCCAAAUUUUUAUCUUGCAGUUGCAAAAAGGUAUUUGAAAAAAAAAAUAAAAAGUAGGAAGAAAAAGAAGGAGAAGGAUGAGAAUUGAAAAGAGUUCUCUUUUUAGCCAUUUGUAUCAAACACAGUUUUGUAAAAUUCGGUUACGUCAUUGCAUACAAACCGAAUUUUGAUAGAUUUUGUAUGUGUAGUUGCCAAUAAUGGGCUUUUAUAAGACGUGAUAAUAGUUUCCAAUCGGUUCAACAAAUAGAUCGUUAUUAUUUGUUAAAACUAGGUUUCUCCCUCUUUUUAUAUAUACAUUUUUUAUUUUUCUUCAUUGUCCCCCUCCCCCCUGCGUUUCCAGCGAAAUUUGGGACGUAUUUUGUAUUCCGGAGCGCAAUGCGACGCAGGAGCCUGAGAAGCCAGAAAGCGUAAAAAACUAAUAUUCAAAUGAAUUUUUUAAACGAUUACAGUCGCUAUUCUCUACAGGACAGGCAAAUUUAUCACCCAAAAUACGAGGGCAUAAAAAAAAAAGAAAGAAACAGCGAAAUGAUUCAUAGUCACGAAAUUGUUUAUUAAAGACAUAGAACGACACAAAUCGAAUUUCUACGACAAAUACAAACAGAACGAGUAAGAAAGAGAAUUUGAUAACGCUAUAAUAAGUAUAAAUUAGUAUAUUUAUAUAUGAAAAAAAAGCGUUCAUCGAAAUCGUUCGAGAUAAUCGAGAUCCUGUCACGCGAUAUGACAUUUUAGUCAAAAAUCCCCCUUCCCUCUCCUCCCCGGUUCGCAAAUCGUCGGAAUAACAAGAAAAAGGACCAAGGCGACACGUGAAAACGUCACCGUCUCUUCCAUCCUCCUCCGCAUACGUAUUCCAAUUCCGUAAAACUGCGUAGCCCUGAUUUGAAAGAAAGAGUAGAGAGAAAGAGAGAGAGAGAGAGAGAGAGGCAAGAGAGAUAUGGAGCAAGGUGAAAUGAUUUCUUCAGAGUGAUUGUGAGAUUAUGGAAAAAAAAUGGGAAAAAAAAACAAUAGCUUUCUACCAAAUAAACUCGAGCUCCGUUAAAUAACGAGAAACUAAGCGUAAGAGAAAUAAAAAAAAAUGAAAAGGAGGAGCUCGGUCGACGCGAGCGUGUACGAUGGACAGGUAGUUAGGUAGAUUUAGAACGAAAACAAACAAAAAAGAUGGAAUAACGGCGACUUGUAGCUAUUAUUAUAAUAUUACAAUAAUAAUAUACUGUAUUAUUAUAAUUAACAAUUACUAUUAUUGAAAGCGUCAUCUGAAGUAUGAAAGAUUUUUACACUGUUGAAACUUGAAGUAAAUAAUAUAUUUAGUUUAUUUUGGUACAUCACAACUUGAUGCGACUCGAGAAAGAGGGGAAAAUUAAAAAGUGAGAACUAAAGUCAAAUCUUGUGGUAGGAACGAAGUUAACGAGACAAAGAAACUACGUACGAGGGAGGAAGAGGGAAAAGAAGAAAAAUAAGGAGAACGGUGGGACGAACUAUUUUUUAAGAGACCGAAUAUUAUAACUCGAGCCGAAGAGCGAAUGUCCGUGCUUUAUACAUACCUUUGGUGAUAAAUUUGAUGGAGAGUCACCAAAAUGGCAAAUUCUUUCGCAAACAUUUAUUCCCACGAGCAUUCACAAACGGGAACUAAACAGAUCUACAAAUGAAGAGGAGGAGGGAGGGAGGGAGCGAGGGAGGGAAGGAAGGAAGAGUGUAAAAAAAGAACAAAUCACAUGUGAUUGAUAGUGAAUUUUUCAGAUUUUACCAAGUAGACAUGUACUAAGUUCAAAGAAAGAAAAAAAAAAGUACUAUUACCGUGACGACCAAACAGACGUGGCGGCAAUCAAGCGCAAAUUGUCGAGCCGUUCAGAAAUCAUCCAAAAGUCAAAGACACAGAGUUGAAGGGAAAUCAUAUAUAACGAGAACCAAAAAAAAUCGAAAAAAUAAGGGAAGUGGGAGGAGGGGGGGGGGGGGGGUGGAGGGGAGAAGACCAAGCGCGUUGAACGACAAAGAAACGGCGCGGUUAUAUAAAUUAUUGUACAGUGGUGUGGAGUUGUGAAAAAAUGAUGAGGUAUAGAAGCUGAGGAACGAGAAGACUGCACGCGAAAGAAUGGAAAAAUGAAAAAUAUUGGAGUAAUUAAUAGAAUGAUGGAAAAGAGAAGAAGCGAGUUACAUGAGCAUACGAGAAAAUGUGAGAAAAAAAACAAUGUUGGACAAACAUUUGCGUAGCUAGGUAGAGUUGAACUUAAGAUUAAGGAUUUAGCGAGUACGCUCGACUUAGCAGUCUAACAAAAAAGAGAGAAUGAAGCCGAGGCAAGAAAAAGAAAAAAAAUUUAAGAUUUUAGAUCUAAGAUUAAAUUUAAGUAGAUAGACAUUAGGCGCGUUAAUUAGAAUAUGACUGCCUCUUCGACAAACCAGAAACAACAAUAAAAACAUGAAAAUCUCAUGAAAUCCUUGCUCAUCCCAACCACGCUGAAGCCACGAACGGGGUGUAAAGAAAAGAAUCAUUCAAAAAAAAAACAAAAAACAAAAAACCCCCGUACAGUCUACGCACCUCGAACCCGUCAAGACUGACUGGCUAUUCGUAAUUGAAGAUUUUCUAUAUUGUACACGUGAAUAAAUGACAUUCGGUUUGUAAAGAAAAUAAAACAAAUCUAACAGUAAUUAAAUAAAAAUCACGUAUUUUUAAAAUAACACGUUUCCGGUGUGCCAGAUGUCAUUUCGAUUAUUAUGAAAAUUCCGCGUUUUUCCCAACAAUUUUCAAUACUCGCACGAAAGAUCAUGCGUAUGUAUGAGUGUGUGCGUCCAUGCGUGCGUGUGUGCUUCCGUGCGUGUGUGUAUAAGAGGAAAAAAGAAAACAAUUCGGAAACGGACUUGAAACGUUCGAUCGUGCAUUUAGGUACGUGUACAGGGAAAUAAAUUGAUCGGCAAAGAAUACAUUAUCACGUGCUAAUAAUAUGAUGUAAUGAAAAAAAAAAAAAAAAAAAAAACAAUAGCUAAGUAAAGUUUGCUUGUUGCGCACCGCGGGUCGGGUGUGCUUGGGCUGGUCGGGCAAAAACACACACGCACGCACGCACCCACGCUAUCUGAAAAAUGCACCCGGAUGUUGAUUUGAAAAAGUGUACACUGAAGAACGAAGAAAAUAAAAGCUCUCGCUAUUUCGGAGAAGUGGAACAGCCCUUUUCAUGAUUUUAAAAUUUGAAAUAAUAGAGACGGAAAAAAAUGCUAAACCAUAAAAAAAAAAGAAAAGAAUGAAAGCCGCGCAAGCUUAACGGAGCUGGAAACAUGGAGCAAAUGCGCGCGCGCGCGUGCGUGUGUGUGUGUGUAUGUGUGGCAGAAAGGGAUGAGAAAAACUUUUUUUUUCGAAGCUGUAUGGUGAAACAUAAUUUCGAAAUAAUUCGUGAGAAAUUUAGAAACCGUAGCCACACAUUUUUGUAGUUUACAGAUGUCGAACAGACAUAAUAAGUCCGUAGAAUAAACUCGUAGUAUUUUUUUUCUUUGAUGAUAAGCUAAGUGAUUAAGGAAAGGAGAAGAAGAUGAUGAUGGAGUUGAAGAAAAGAAAAAAAAUAAGAUGCAUUAAGAAAAAUAAGGAAAUAAACGUAGGGUGGUUUUAAGUAUAAACUUUUAAGCGAGCGCAGUUAUAAAUAGUAAGAGGCGGAAAGGAGCGAGUGAGUGGGUGUGAGAGAAAAAAAUGGCUGAUGUAAUAACGAUAGUAAUGAUAAUUGAUUAUGAUGAAUUAUCGGCUUAAGAAGGCGGCGAACUCCUACAUUUGUUUCUACCGAAUAUUUCUCGUGGAAAGUCACGGAAUAAUGAGGGCGGAGGGAAAAAAUGGGAAAAAUCGAAGGAGAGGAUGAAAGAGUACGGAAUAACUGAAAUUCGCCGUCGGCAAAACUCCGACUUGUACAGCCCUUGCGAUCGACAAGGUUCUUUAUGUCAUUGUUUUACUUUGUUGAAGAAAAAAGUAUGCCUGCAUCCGCGUGACUGAGAAAUGAAGAGAACGUGCAGCGAAAGAAAGAAGAGAGCGAGAGCAUUAGAUUUAAUCAAUUAGCAAAAAAGGAAAAAAAAACACACGAGAACGGAUCGAUAAUCUCGAUGGUUUUUUAUUUUUAUUUUUCACCAUUAGUCUCCUGAAACCCACACCCUUUCGCUUUCUUCCGUUUUUUCUUUCUUUUUUUCACACUCUAAUCAAUUUCAGCGUCACGCUAUCUUGCAACGCAGCAUUGCAACUUUUGGCCAAUGAUGGGCGCGUUGGCGGGAAAUAUUAAUUUGAUAAAUAAUACACCUAACUGCUGCGACAAGACGAAGAAAGAGAAAAUAAUUUUAAAGACGAUAGUUUUACACGUGCGGCAUGGACUAAAUCAGACGAAAACAAACGCAUUUGACGAGACGACGGAAUACGCCCGAUGUUCUUCUAGACAUAGGCUAGUUUUAAAUAUGAGAAUGAAAAAAAAGAAAAGACACGACUGUAGUAGAGAACAAAAAAUGAGUUUAGAGAAUAAGACGAUUAUUGUGUAGUUAAGCUAAGAAUUCUCAACGGUCGAUAGGUGCUCUAACGAAAAUAUCUAAGAAAAAGUGAGACAACGGAAAAAAGAAUAGUAAACAGACGACAUGGACGAUUGUAGAAAGAGACGAUAAAAAAUUUAAAAAAAAAAGGAAAAAAAACAGAAAGACAGAAGCUGCAUAUGACAGAGUUAAAAAAAAAAAAACAAAACAAUGGUCAGAAUUAGAUUUUUCAUGAAACUCGAAUAAAAACAGGGCAUAAGCCACUAAAAAAAGUGCCCUUAGUUUAUUUUCCAAUUGUUUGAAAAAUAAAAUAAAAGUAAUUUAAUAAAUGAAAGAAUAAAACAAAAAUGGGAAGAAAACGGUGUUCUUUAUUACAAAAUAUAAAUUUCCUUGUUUGAGAUGAGAUUUUUUAAAGGCGCGCUCGCGCGCUGGCCAGUUUCGAAGAAAUUUUUUAGAUAGGAUCUUUAAAAGAAAAAACAGGCACAUGCGAAAGAAAUAGAAAACACACAAGCGUUUAUAAGUUGAAUAUACACUAAGGGAAUAAUAGUGGACUUGGGCGCGAUACUAUUCUUGGGAUGGACGACUCGAAUGCUGGUCAAAAAUUCAUUGCUACUCCGCCUAACGAGACUCGAACGAUGAAAAAAAAACUCGAACGCGUCAGGCCCGAAUGUAAUAACAUGAGAGCGAGAGAGAGAGAGAGAGAGAGAGAAAACAAGAGUGCGUGAGACGAAAAUAUCACUGUUAAUGUAAAACUUGCACACUGCGAGUGCAACAGCUCUGUACGUAUUGCGAUUCGAGCUUUUUGUACCGGAGCAUGCAUCAAGAGUAAAAAGAAAAAAAAAACAUUAGAUAAGAAAAGAUACAGAGUCUCAAGAGUUACUUACGACUAUGGUUCCGUACAAUUGAAUAAUGAAAUAAUCAAAUUCCUAAUUAUUAUCAUCCUUUAUUUUUCAAUCAAAUAAAAGAUCUGUUUUUGGGGA